AUGGACCAACGUGCUCGAAUCGCUGGAGCCAAGAAUGGCUUUAGUGGUGAGACCUUGCGGAGAGCGUACUUGACCGAUGCUGCAAGCUACUGGAAGAAGGUGCUUUUCCGAUCCACGGCUAAAGCAGGUGCAGGACCGGGGGCGAAGGGAGAAAGCGAUUUUGGCGGAGGGAGUGUCGCCAGGUUCGAGCCCGAGCAGCGGCAGGCCAGCUCGGCAGGGCCAAGGCCUGGCUCGGCUGCACAGAAGGCGCUGGACCCACGCAGCAGGAGCUUCGAAGAGCGCGGCUUCGACGCGGCCCGAGAUCGGCGCCGGCUGCGGCCCUACUGGCCCCCUCAGGGCGAAGCGCUGGAGCUUCCUGGAGGCCGCAAGCAGGUGCAGGUCCUCACCGCCAAGAGCGACGUGGACGGGGCCCUGGAGGCCCAGCUGGCCUUCCUCACGCGCGGCGGGCACCGGCUCUUUUACCUCAACGAGGAGGAGUUGGCGGAGCUGGAAAAGCUAGCACCACGCAUCUCCGAGUAUUUCGAGCUUUGGGAGGAGAAGGCCAAGGAGGCUGCUGAAAGUGAGGAUAGCAAGCGUCUGCACAGAGAGCUGCAGCAGCGGCCUCUGGAGUGA